CGUCUCAGCUGCCUAUUCUUCAAGUGGUGAAUUGUGAUUGAUCACCUGGAUAUGCUCCAAUAAUCCAAAUUGACUCCAUUUUGUUCGUCGUCAAUCCUCCCGGAUCGAUGAGCUGAGUAGCGCUUCCCGAGUCUCCGCGACAGCUUCACUGCAGCUCUCCUGGUUUCGCCGCGCACGAGAAACCCAAGCCAAGAUGUUCACCUUUACUCCUCUACUCGGUGCGCAAUCGUCGUCUUCCAAGGCGUCGCAAUCGAUUCUUGAGCUUGACGGCGGAAUCAAGAUCCUCGUGGACGUUGGUUGGGAUGACACCUUUGAUCCCCUCGACCUCCAGGAACUGGAAAAACAUGUCCCGACCCUAUCGUUGAUUCUCCUCACACAUUCUACGCCCGCCCAUAUCGGUGCCUUUGCCCAUUGCUGCAAGACCUUUCCUCUUUUCACCCAGAUUCCCGUCUACGCUACCAGUCCCGUCAUUGCGCUCGGUCGCACCCUGUUACAGGACCUCUAUGCCUCCGCCCCGCUGGCGGCCACCUUCUUACCCAAGGCCUCGAUUUCCGAACCUGGAGCGUUCACAUCGGCUGCGUCAGCUGCUGCAUCGGUGGCGGAAGGUGACGAAAGCGCCGAACCUACUCAUGCCGGACGAAUCCUCCUCCAACCUCCGACGGCCGAAGAGAUCGCCCGAUACUUCUCCCUGAUACACCCCUUGAAAUACUCACAGCCACACCAACCCCUCCAGUCGCCAUUCUCCCCACCCUUGAACGGCCUUACCCUGACUGCCUAUAAUGCUGGACACACGGUUGGCGGUACGAUAUGGCACGUGCAACAUGGCAUGGAGUCGAUUGUCUAUGCGGUUGACUGGAACCAAGCCCGAGAAAGCGUCGUGGCGGGCGCUGCGUGGUUUGGCGGAUCCGGUGCCAGUGGAACGGAGGUCAUCGAGCAGCUGCGCAAGCCUACGGCGCUGGUCUGCAGUACCCGGGGCGGCGAACGGUUCGCACUGCCCGGAGGCCGCAAGAAGCGCGAUGACUUGCUGCUGGACAUGAUCCGGAGCACUAUUGCCAAGGGAGGCACGGUUCUGAUUCCCACAGAUACUAGUGCUCGCGUGCUGGAGCUGGCGUACGCGCUUGAACACGCCUGGCGCGAUGCGGCGGGCCAAGGCCAGGGGGAUGAUGUGUUGAAAGGCGCCGGACUGUAUCUGGCUGGCCGGAAAGCCAACACUACGAUGCGACUUGCGCGGAGUAUGUUGGAGUGGAUGGAUGAGAAUAUCGUGCGGGAGUUUGAGGCAGCAGAGGGGGUGGAUGCAGCGACCGGACAGUCUACGAAUGCGGAUAACCAACGGUCUGGUCCGAACCAGGGCAAGGCCGAAGGCAAGGGCGUGGGCCCCUUUACUUUCAAACAUCUCCGAAUUCUGGAGCGGAAAAAGCGACUGGAAAAGAUCCUGACCGACCAGAAGCCCAAGGUUAUCCUUGCCUCGGAUACGUCGCUGGACUGGGGGUUCGCGAAAGAGUCUCUACGACUGGUGGCGGAGGGCGCCAACAACCUGCUGCUUCUGACGGAGCCGCUGCACAAGGAGCGGAUCUCGGAAGUCCAGGAAGCCACCCGCCGGAAGACCCUCGGGGGUAUGAUCUGGCAGUGGUAUGAGGAACGCAAAGAUGGGGUUGCUCUGGAAAAGGCGUCGGAUGGCGAGAUGCUGGAACAAGUGCACAGUGGGGGACGGGAACUGUCCUGGACGGACGUGCGGCGCGCGCCUCUGGACGCGGGUGAGCAGCUGCUCUACCAGCAGUAUCUGGCCACCAAACGCCAGCUCCAGGAUACGUCGCAGGCACGAGGACAGGAAACCCUCGACAACGCAGCCGAUGCACUCGACGACCGAUCCAGCUCUACAUCGGAAGACUCGGAGACGGAGCAGCAGGGCCGCGUGCUGAAUUUUUCGACCUCAUUAGCACACGCCAACCGCAACAAGCUCGGGCUCAGCGAUGAAGACUUGGGCAUCAAUAUUCUUCUCCGGCGCAAGAACGUCUACGACUACGAUGUGCGUGGCAAGAAAGGCCGUGAGCGAAUGUUUCCGUACGUGGCCCCGAGAAAGAAGGGGGACGAGUUUGGCGAGUUCAUCCGGCCGGAGGAGUAUCUCCGCGCGGAGGAACGCGAGGAAGCCGACAUGCAGCAGCGCCGGACUGACUCCCAGACCAAACUGGGGCAGAAACGGCGAUGGGAUGAAUCGGGGCCCCACGGACGGCGACUGUCCGGCAGUGGCGCCAAACGGCACGUGCUUGGCGAUGUGCCGCGAAAGGACGCCAGUACGGCCGACGAGAUGAGUCUCGCGGAAGACGGCGAGGGGGCGGAUGCUGCGGUAUCGUCCGAGGACGAGGUGGAAGGACAGACGUUCGAGGGACCGGCGAAGGCAGUGUACGAAAAGGCGGCGCUCACGAUCAAUGCCCGGCUGGCGUUUGUGGACUUUACGGGUCUCCACGACAAGCGCAGUUUGGAAAUGCUCAUUCCGCUGAUCCAGCCACGGAAGCUGAUCCUGGUCGGAGGGAUGAAGCAGGAAACGAUGGCGCUGGCGACGGAAUGCCAGAAGCUGCUGGCGGCCAAAUCUGGGAUGGAAGUGUCGGCGGCGGAUUCGGCGGUCAUCUUCACGCCGGCCAAUGGCGAGAUGAUUGAUGCCAGCGUCGACACCAACGCAUGGAUGGUGAAACUGAGCAACAACCUGGUGCGGCGGUUGAAAUGGCAGCAUGUGCGCAGCCUGGGAGUGGUCACUCUGACGGCGCAGCUCCGGGGGCCAGAAGUGGCAGCCUUGGAGGAUUCGACCGAAGGCCCCAGCAAGAAAGCCAAGCUGUUGGAGGAGGGCAGUGAGGCCGCGACGAGCACGGCGGAGGGGGCCAAACCGGGGGACAAAUCGGACGGAUACCCCUUGCUGGAUGUGCUGCCGGCCAACAUGGCGGCGGGAACGCGGUCGAUGACCCGGCCGCUCCACGUGGGCGACCUGCGGCUGGCUGAUUUACGGAAGAUAAUGCAAGGGGCCGGACAUACCGCGGAAUUCAGGGGAGAGGGAACGCUGUUGAUUGACGGGAUGGUGGCCGUGCGAAAGUCAGCGACGGGGCGGAUCGAGAUUGAGGCAUCGGCGCAGUCAUCGGCGGCGACGAGUCUGAGUCGGGGGGGCGGAAGUUUUCUUGCUGUGAAGCAAAAGAUAUACGAAGGAUUGGCGGUGGUGUCAGGGAGUUAGUUGCAGUAGGAUUGACUAAUAUUGAUCUUAUCUCCCGAACCAUUGUCUAUCACCUACCAGUACUUCUAGUCCAUACAAAUGAUGCAAUCAUCUAACUAGUUACUAUAUACUCAGGAUCAAUGCGACAGUAUCAAUGCGAC